GCUGGAUAAUUGGACUUCACUUGAACGUUCCAAAAGACGAAUUCUUGAACCAUGCGUUUUAAUCAAUACACAAGUAUGAUGACGUCACAAAGCCUACUGAUGUUCAUAAAUGUUCAAGUAGUGGCUAUCAGUUCAAUGUGUGCUAACAACAACUUCCCUUGUGACACAACAAAAGAAAAUUGUUGUGGAUGUCCAAGCAAGUUUAAUGACCCUUUCGAUAACCAAGUUAAAUUCCCAUAUUCAGUCGUAGCCUAUGGUGGCGAAUGCGAUGAUGACUGCAUACAAAACUUGCCUGCUUUCAGUUCAUGUGCUAUUGCACAGGAGGAGGCAAUGGGUAGACAAGAAAGGGGGACAUUUUCAUAUGGCCACGAUAUUGUAUUUGACAUAAACAUCAGCAAAAGUACAGGCAAAAAUGGCAAAAUAAAAUAUGGUGAAAUAGCGAACGGCACUGCAACAGACUUUAUGGUGAAGCUUGCCAGAGAGCUCAGGAUAAACACAGAGCCAAAGGGAACCAUCAUCGGAGCAUUAUGUUUCUUUGGCAAUUUAACGAUGCAUUUUGGGUUGAAUAAUUUCACUAAUGUUGAUGAUUUGGUAAACGGUCUGUUUAAUAUGGAUCUGACACCAAAGGAUAAUGCCAAGCCUCAUAAGUCGUUUGAUUUUAUCCGAGAGAACUAUUUCCAAGAUUCAAUAUAUGGUGGACGAAGAGACAACAGAAAUAUAGUAAUUGUGUUCGAUGAUGGUAUCUACAGUCGCCAAGGUCACACACAGAUGGACAGAAAAUUCAGGACUUCGAUUGAAAAUCUACACAUGGUGUCAGAGGUGUUUAUCGUCGGUGUAAGGAAUGGAUUCUCGGUUACGCAAGCGGAAGCAAUAAGGAACUGGAAUAUGAUCGCUAGUGACCCGGAUGGUGCACAUAUAAUUACUAUGUCAUUAGAGGAAUACAACGAUGGCCGUAUUGAUGACGUAGUACACAGAACGCUCGAAUUACUACCGAAAUCGAAGCAGACAUAGUUAUCUUGGCUAAAAAAUAACUAUUUAAAUGACAUACUGAAAUACAUACUGUCAAGUAUUUUAGUGUAAGACAGGGAGUCAUAGAAAUAAAGAACUUACAAAACAUGCUUUUGAGAUUUAGCUUGG